UUUUUGUUGUUGAGCUGUCACGAUGCAGUUUGAGAGAUGAGAAGAGGAAACAGACGUUGUUCCGCUCACCACAGAGAUGGUUGGUGGCUGCCAGAGCUGCUUCUUAACAUACAUGUCUGUGCUACUCCUUGGCUGCUCCCUUCAUGAUGUGGAGGACUCCGGUGAUCAAGUAAUCCAUAAAACAGUUGGAGACACGGUAGAGCUGGCAUUUCCUUUACGGACUGAAAAGAUCACCAGUGCAUCCUGGAGCUAUAAAGGGUCAAAAAUUGCAAACAUAAAUGGUCUAAUUCAAAAUACUCGAUUUAAUGGUAGAUUAGAAUUCAACAAAUCAAAAUUAAGUUUAACAUUGAGAGAACUGGCCGUCAACGAUUCUGGUGAAUUCAGUUUUAAUUUUGCCAAAGACACACAGAAGACAAUCAGAAUCACCCUGCAUGUACAUGAGUCCAUAACUGAAGAGCCCGUCGUCAAUUUCAAUUCCACCUGGCACGCGUCGAACGCAUCCUGUACAGUUCUGCUGGAUUGCAGUGCAACCCCUAUUGACAAUGUCUCUUACCAGUGGACCGUGGAGAACCAAACCUUCGACGGCUCCAGGCUGCAGUACAUCAUCAGUCUAAAGGACGGAAGCACCAACUUCAAUUGCACAAUUUCCAAUCAUGUCCGUGGGAUGUCCACAAUCAGAGAAGUGAAUUGCAGAAACGUGACGUCAGAACAACAAGAAGGAGCUGCAGGACCAGUCGUCCUUCCCAUGAUUGUUGCAGUUGGAUGUUGUCUGCUGGUUACCGUUACAGUCGGAGUAGCUGUGUGUGUUUAUUGCCACAAAAAAAGUCAAGCAGUGGGCGUUGACUCAAAUGAGCUCACCGUGUACGCUGAUAUCAAUGAUGUUGCAAUCCGGGAUGUCCCUUCUCCCCAAAAGCCAUGCUCACUGUAUGAAACCAUUACCAACGUCCCGGUCCAACCUGCGCCCCACACUGUGUACGCCAAGAUCGAGUUAGGUCGUUUGAGGAAGGAAUCGGUGUCGCCCUACCAAGAAAUUUCAUAGAGGGUCCCAGCAGGAUGUGGGUAGAACGUUGCAGUAAAUACAAUAGAAGCACAAAGCGGACUACGAGAAGGGAAUGGCGUCCUGUCUUUGGCCUUAAAGGACUGUUUAUCUUCCUACAUGCUGCUAUGUGGUUUGAUAAACAGUGCUGUAAAAAUGUGUGAAUACAGAAGUUAUAUUUUUUCUAAGGUACUAUGCAAAUCCUUUGAGGCCUGCCUACUUUUUCAAGCCUGUGCAAAUGUUUUCAUAUUAAAUGAUUUUAAUAAAUUACAAUUCUCGUCAGUGUUCAGCAUGUUGCUUUAUCGAAAUGGUUAUGAAUUAAACGACAACGCUAAACAUGAA